AUGACUUAUUUGAUCGAUAGAAAUCUUGUUCCUUCUCAAUGUCAUAUACCCAGAGAAUUUCGUUCGCGUGUUGCUCAGAUUAAGCCGGUGUCUCUUGAUGAACCACAACAGACCAUUUCUUCAUUUGUUUCUCGUGACAUACCCUCUUUGGUACCGUUAGUCGAUUCGUUUGCUUCUGUAGUAGCGGGUUUGCCUUCGCGGGCUCGGGAUCCAGAUCAAUCUCAACCGCCAUCGAUGAAUCCAAUGUCAAAUUCAUGUAUUAUUGUUUUGAGAUCAAAUGGCGGACGUCUUGGGAAUAAAAUGUUUAUGUAUGCAACUGCUUAUGGUUUAACAAGAAUGUAUCAUUGUUCGAUGUAUAUCGAAAGAAGAGCUUUUGAUGAAUUACGUGAAACAUUCUUAGUUGAUCCAGUUAAACGCAUUUCUGAUGAGCAAUUUUCGAAUGUUAAAAACAAAAUUCAAGUACUAUCAAAUGGUUGUCAUUACACCAACUUAUCAACAGUAAUCGUAAAUUCUACCAUACUGGAACUAACUGGAUAUUGGCAAAAUUAUAAAUACUUUGUGAAUUAUUACAAAGAAAUUCGACAUCAAUUUACUUUAAAAAAGAAUAUUUUAUUGGAAAUUGAUAAAUAUUUUACAUAUAGCUAUAAACUAAGAAAUGCAACGUUGGUCGGUGUGCAUGUUAGGCGUGGAGAUUUUCUAUCUCAACAUAAUAUAAAUGUUGGAUUUACUGUUUCAUCUGCCGAAUAUAUUAAUAAAUCAAUGACUUAUUUUACAACGAAAUAUCAAAAUGUCUAUUUUAUUAUUGCCAGUGAUGAUAAAACUUGGUGUAUAGAAACAUUUGGAAAACAGCAGAAUAAUAAUGUUCUAAUCACACCCAAACAUUUUACACCAUCAGAAGAUUUAGCGAUACUUACUUCGUGUAAACAUACUAUUGUAACUGUGGGAACAUUCGGUUGGUGGGCAGCAUUUUUAACCAAUGGUGAAGUGUUGUGCGAUAAAAAUUAUCCAAGAAAUGGUACCUGGCUUAGUGAAUUGUGUCCAGGACAAGAAUACUAUCCACCGUGGUACAAAAGUUUAUAA